AUGGAAGCUGCUGAAGAAAGCCCAGCAGACACCCAAAGUUCAGCUCAGGGCACCUUAAUUGAACUAAAUAGUUACAUUGCUACAGAUAAAGUGCUUGUCUCACUAGAAGGCAAGAGGAAGCAGAAAGGGUAUUUGCCACCUGAAUCUGUGAAGGUCUUCCAUGACUGGCUCUAUGAGCACUGGUUUAAGGCCUACCCUUCAGAAAUAGAGAAAAGAAUGCUGUCAGAGCAGACCGAUUUGUCUUUCCUACAGAUCUCUAAUUGGUUCAUCAAUGUCCACAGAUGCAUUCUUCUGGAAAUGCUUCAACAGGAUGGAUGUGACACCAGCCAGAUCACCAUAUAUGACCAAAAAGGCAAGGCUGCAGAUGUGACCACCAGCAGCCUGCUGAUCCAUCUUUUGAGGCUAAAUCAAGGCCCAGAGAUCCAGAUGGGAUUCAAAGCUUGCCCAUGA